GGAGCUCUGCACAUUUCCAGUGUGCAGUAUUCUGAUGUAGGCGAAUAUUACUGUACUGCUGAGAACCGAGCAGGACGACAUCAGAGGCGUACCGUCCUCGCUGUCACGGCUGAACAUCGUCCAGCUGAUAGAGGCAAGCAGACAAGACUGGUUUUGUCUGCUAGCACCGACACCAGCAACGACCUGCCAGUGUCCCAAUCCAGUGACUCUGUGGCUGAGCAACACCUUGAAACAACACAUCAUUCACACGUACAGGCACAGCAGGAGGCAACAUGCUCCUUUUCACACUGUGAUCCUACAACAAACAGCGCUGCCUCAUUUCCUACAUUUUCAAGGGGAGCAGUGGCUGAGCUAAAGAUGCCACCUCGAUCACUUGGCCAUCUUUUACAGCACCGCCUGAAUCAGCCUACAACCAAUCCAACCCAGCCGUUAGUCACACAGAUGCAGCCUCCUAUGUUACCACCUCCACCACAUCCGAACUUCCAGUCAGUAGAUCUCCACACCCAACUGCCACUUACGAGUGAUACGCUUUUGAUUUCAAAUACUGAGCCAUCAGUGACACACAGACAGACAUCAGUAGACACUGUUCAAGUGUUGAGUUCAACCCUUCAGUCCCCGCUCACUGAAAGUCACUCCCUGUCAACAUUAAUGUCAUCACAUGGACAAUAUCAGCAUCAAGUUAGUGACAAGUUGUUGACAGAGCCUGAUUCCCAGGACUCUAACAUUCAUGCUGUGUCUCUAGCCAUUCAAAUCACUGAGCCUUUCACUGAGACGUCAUCUAUUCCGGAGGGUGGACCCUUUCACUAUCUCAAGUCGGAUUCAUAUUCUCCCACUCCAACACAGAGUCUUAUAACUGAAACUAAGACAAGCCACCCUGGUUCAGUUACCCAGUCUCUUGCUUUACAAGCUGAUCUGCACCAAACUCAACCUUAUGAGAUGGCUACAAAUGGUCAGUUUUACCAAUCGUACCAUGAGCCGACCUCAACCCAGAUUUCUCAAACCACACUCAUUCACCCAGAUCAACGGCUGCAACAUCUGCAUCCCUCACCAACCAUCUCGCAAAUAUCUCAAUCUGACCCUCAGCAAUCAUUUACUCAUGGUCUUUUUCCAAAGUUCCAGCUUGAGCUAUCGACAAUCCCGCAUUAUCUCCCUCCCACACAACCUCCAACUUCUAUAGUCACAAAUCCCCAACUAUCCCAAACUCACAGUCAGUUUUCACCUGCAACACCAACUUCAACUCUAUUCACACUUCCUCAGUCAUCUCCAACACCACAUCCACACCUCAACUCACAAGCUCCUCUAUCACAGACAGAAACGUUUGCAGUCCAACACAGAAACCCUCUUGAAAUCAAGCCUUCAGUCUCAACCAUCCGUGAGACAAAUGAUCCCUCAACGCUGGACCCUGAGAUUACUGUUGUCAAUCGGGUCAACGUGUCAGAUCAGGUGCAGUUGAAUACCAGCCAGCAAGAUGACUCAGUUCAUUCAGCUAAAUCAGGCAAUGACACAGAGCUUACAGAGUGGCUGAAGAGGAACACCUCUCAGUCACCUAUGACCAGCAAUGAUCCCAGAGUAACGCAGCAGUCUCCAUCAUGGCUGCCUGUGCUGGAGAAACACGACAUCCCCAUCGUGGUGGGAGUGGGUGUAUCUCUGGCCUUCAUCUUCAUCACUGUUACCUUCUAUUCAGUGGUCCAGAAGAACGAAGCUGCGCCAACCAGCCGAGCAGGUCAGAGAUCCUCAGCUGCAUCAACUGUCAACACACCUAUUUUACAUUCUGAGCACGCUCAGAGGAAUCUAGGUGUCCCUGUAAGACACACUGAACGCCGAGCUGCAGGACGCACAUACGAAAACAGAGCUUUUGAAGAUGAUGACUGUGUGGCAGUGAUUGAACAGAGCCCAAACACAUCAGACACCAGAGCAAGACCUCCAGGACCGAGCCUGGUCACAGUGCAGAUGGAGCCCACAUUUGAGGAUCUUCAGGAGGACACGCCACCUGCUCUGGACAACCACUCAGUCACUGUAGAAACAUAUCCUGAGCCAAUCCUUGACACAAAGAUUGAUCCGUCUGUGGAGGAGGAGAAGGGCUGCACCUUGUCACAGCCGAGCAUCCAGCUGCAGUGUGCUGAGGACUGGACCAGUAACAGAGGAGACAACCACAGCCCAUGCCAGGACGCCUUGCCUCCCCCAUCAUCCUUACCCUCCCGCUCACCUUCCCCCUCUCCCCCAUCCAGACGAGAAGAGGGGCUGCGCUCCUCAUUAACCCUGCGAAGUGCAGAGGCGUGUGCAGCACCCAUCCACCAUAGCCUCAGCAUCUCACAUGGCAACCCCCCCCUGCUCCUUUCUCACCACGUCUCCCUAGGCCUCACUACGGUCGCAGUGGAUGUCCAUUUUUACCCAGCAUCCACUGCUUCGGUGGCAGUGGGCACUAGCACUCAUAUCAAUUCAGUCUCUAGCUCUACUUCAGUGGCUGCGCCUCUGUUCAGUCCCCCGUUAGUUAACAACCAGGAGAAUGACCAAUCAACUGCCAGAUUCCACCAGUCUAAGUAGCGACAGAUUAAAGUAUCAAGUCUAAAAUAUCCUCAUAUAACAUAAAUCAAGAUUAAGACAAGGCGUCAAAUAUAUUUGAUAAUUUUAAAGGAGGAGAAAAUAGAGAACAACUUUUUUGGCAUUUAGUAGAUAAAUUAUCUAUUAAUUAGAUUAAGGUGAAUUUUUAUCUAAUGAUCUAUCUGAGCCUUUGGCUACAUCCACAGUAAUACAUUUUUAUUUUAAAAGUGUAACUAUUGUUAUGUUUACAGCAACCUUUCCUAUCUUCAGUGUGUGUGUGUGUGGUUGACUCAUCGCCCAACAGAUUCUCUGCCCUCGUCACAUACUGACAUUUUGUCAUGGACCUUCCAUGUCCAGAUAUGUCAGGAAAGGUACCUUGGGUGCGUUGGUUGUUGAC